AAAGCAACAAGGCACACACUGUACAGGAGAGAGGGGAGUUCCGGAACCCCAAAAACGUAAAGUCAAAGGGGUGGGUUGUAGUAGCUUUUUGAAGGGAACGUCAACCUUAUCCUUAAUUAAAUAUAAAAUAUUAUUUAAUUAAUCAUAAUGGUGGAUUUCUGUGAUUAUUUUUGGGGAGAGAGGAACAGUGGAUUUGACGUGUUGUAUCAUAACAUGAAGUAUGGCCUCGUUGCAAGCAAAGAAUUGGCGGAAUUCCUCAGAGAAAGAUCUUCGCUGGAGGAAUCAUACAGCAAACAGUUAGGUAAACUAGCCAAACAAUGUGGCUCGUCAACCAGCAUCGCAGCUGCCAAUAGUGCUACUACCAACACAAAUGGAGCCCCAAAUGUCGGACCGCUGUGUACAUUCACUCCUUUAUGGCAAUUGCUUAAGACUUCCUGUGAAAAAGUGGCUCAGCUCCAAUUACAGAUGGCCCAAAGGCUAAAUGACAUGGUCAAAGAUGUCGGCAAGUACAGUGAUGAGUUAGCCAGGAAACAUAAAGUUGUCAAAGAGUCUGAAAGCAGCACAGUUGAAGCUAUUCAGGUUUUGAAUCAGACCAAUGUUACCUUGCAGCGAUCAAAAGAGGCAUACUUUCAACGAGGCGGCGAGCUGACAAAGUUACGCAGAGAUGGCUCAACAUCGAACAAAGACUUGGAACGUGCCGACACCAAAUUUCGUAAAGCGGCUGAAGAUUACCGGAACUUAGUUGAAAAAUACGCACAAAUGCGGGAAGAUUUCGAAAGAAAAAUGACCGUCUCAUGCAGGCAUUUUCAAGAAGUGGAAGAAGGCCAUCUAAGUCAAAUGCGGAAUUUCCUCAAUAGCUAUGUCAACGUCUUGUGCAACAACUACGAAGCUAUGGGCCAGGUUCAUGUCGAUCUUAGACAGCAGUGGGAUGACCUGAGUGUCGAUCGACUUAUGGACAUGUUUGUCGUAUCCAAAAUGACUGGCAUGGAGAAACCGUUACCUGUCGAGUUUGAAGAAUUCCCCUUGGAUAAUGAUCAACAACUCGGAGCGAAUACUUCGAAUCAGCUUCCUGAUUACUUGGAAGAGUGGACAGCGCCAACGUCCACAACGGGCAAGGUUCGAGAAGGGUUUCUCAAAAGCCGCCGCGACCGCAGAAAGGAGAAAGACAAGGACAAGAGUAAAGUGUCGAAGAAGAAACGCGAUUCAGAUGCAUCCAGUAUCAAAAGUGAUGGGGAGCCUAACUUGACUGGAACCGCAGCGGGUGCCGCCGUCAUUAGCGCCGAAGCAAGAAGCAACAUUUCCACCGGCAGCGGCAACAUCACAGUUGGAGGUACGGCUGGAAGUGGUGGCGGCGGCAGUGGUCUGGAUACGAGCAGUUUCGGGCGUGAAAAAGAGCGGCCAGAAAAAGAUGAGAGCCCGUUGUACUCGGCUGGCGACACCGCAUCCGAUAGUGCCGUCAAAGUGGACGACGAGGGCUAUACUAUCCGACCGCGAGACGAAGCGUGGAAUGCGGAAAAAACGAGCGGUUUCUACUCGAGUUCCGAUGCCGAUUCGGAUGACGAGCCAGAGCGAAAAUUGCAUGUUGAGAUUAAACCUAUCACUAAUGGAGCCAAUCUUCCGAGUGCUACGGUCGAUGAACUAAAGGCGACCAUUGAGGGAUUCAAUAUCAACACGUCCAUGUUUAACACAGCCACCCGUAAAAACACUUCAAUGGAUUCCCAUUCGACUUCUCAACUGAGUAUGGGGAAAUCGAGUAGCGACUUGGUCGGUCUGAAUCUGUUCCACAGCCCUACCAAUUCCAAUACAUCCACCCCAACCGGUACAGUCGCUCCUGGCCACCUUUACGGUUCCAUGAUGUCGCCUACGGGGACAGGAUCGCCCUCGAAUCGGCAUAAUACAGCAACACCCGCAUGUGCGGGUGAAGAUUUAUUUGAUGAAGUGGGUGAAAUCGUUCCAGCCUUGCCUCCUAAACAGGGUAGAUUGCCAGCCCCGAAUUCCCGCGGCAGUACGCCUACACUCGGCAGUAUCGCCGUCCCACGGCCGCCUUCUCGUAAAGGAAUGGAGGCCACUGCCCGCUUGGCCGCAGCCAGUCCGCUUACACUUCAGUCGUCACCUGCUCCCAGUGCCAACGCAUUUUCAACUAGCAUGCCACGAGCCGAGUCCGUUCUUAGCCUCGACUUUAGAUCUGGCAUGUCAACCUCACCAACAUCAUUGAGCCGGCCGGGAUCAAGAUCUGCCGGACCGUCACCACUAACCGUCAGCCUGCCUUCAGGGGGAAGUGCGGGCGCUGUCGAUAGUAUCCCACUUGCAGUAGCAUUCCAGGAAGUUGUUCACGCCUUGUUCCGCGGAACCGACGAGGCGAGGUGCCAAGUCCGAAUUACCGGUGACAUGAUGCUCUCGUUUCCAGCUGGCUUGGUUCAGUUGAUCAAUGCACAGCCUAACCAUAACAUACCACCCAUAUCAUUCCGUAUCCGUAAUUUUCAAAAUCUGGAGAACGUUGUUCCUAACAAACAAGUGCUCAACAUGGAACAAGAUCUGAUGAGCGUCGAGCCACUCUUCCAUUUUAACAUGCCACAGUUAACUUUGCUCCUUAAGCGGCAAGCUGAACAGAAUCCCUCGGCUUCCUAUUUCAAUGUGGAUAUCCUCAAGUAUCAAGUGAAGGCCCAACGUGGUACCGGCUCAGCGCCAUUGCAUUUGGUAGCCUAUUGGAAGUGCGAGCCAUCGCAAACGGACGUGCGGUUGGACUAUAAGUUUAACGCCCAUGCCCAAGUGACUCCGGCACCGCUGCGCAAUCUCAUGAUUUCCGUGCCGAUCGAAGGAGCAGUGACGUCGAUGCAAGCCAAACCGCAAGGAGAAUGGAUGGGAAAUAGUAAUCGUGCACUGUGGAAGCUGCCGGAAAUGUCGCUGGAGGCGGAUGGUGCCAACAUGGGCUCAAUACGAGCUCGUUUCAACGUCACCGGCAGUUCAGGUAGCCCCACAACAAUCACUGCUCACUUUGGUUGUGAUGGUUCCACCAUGUCUGGUGCCGAAAUGGAUUUGGUCUCGACAGGAUACCGGACAUCCUUGGUCAAAAGACGUUUCGUAGCCGGCAAAUAUCUGUGCGAAGCCGAGGCCUCAGUUCUUCAGAACAAUCGCUACGCGGCUCCACCGGGCCCUACUUCUACCGAAUGCUGAAGAAAAGAAGGAAUUCUUGGAACCUGUUUGAAGCCAGUCACGAAGGUUCACCCAACUCGCAUGUAAUCGAAUCGGAAGGAAUCUUUGUUUUUUAGAAACACAUAUUCUCUUGUAUACAUACCUAUAAAAAAAAAAAAAAAAAGAAAAGAAAAGUUAAAAAUAUUCGGUCUCUCCCGAGUCGACGCUCUUCCUCCAUUUCAUCCAAAUCUUUUUAAACCAACAAAAAAAAAUAAUGAUAUAAUAAUAAUAAUAAUAAAGUAACGGGUUUAACCAAUUGUUGUCCUGUUCAGCAGCAAUAGCAGAAAAACCAACUGAUUUGCAUGUUGAAUAAUUGUUACAUGUAAAGCUGCCUUACCUUGAAAAGGGCAAGACAUCACUUUAUCUUCUUAUAUUUGCCCUAGUUCUCUCGUUCUCUUGUUUCUUCUUACUUUUUUGGGUCAUAAUACGAUACAAACAAACAAACAAACAAACAAAAAAUAUACUUAUUUUUGUAAAUAAACUGCCAAUUUGUUCUAUAUAUACAUCCUAAAAACAAA